UGCCCCUAAGAGGAGGGGAAGGUCAACGUAAAAGAGCUUCGUUCUGCACUCCGGAGGUCAGUAGCUCCAGUCUAACACGUCCUUCAUAUCAUGUUGAAGAUGAACGGGUGGCCGCGACACAGCCAAAAUAAAAGCCGGAACCUGAGGAGAGAGUGUUCCAGAAGGAAGUGUAUCUUCAUACAUCACCAUACCUGAAAAUAGAACCCAGUCCAACCACAGGCAUGGCAGCUGAGUCCCUGCCUUUCACCUUGGACACAGUGUCCAGCUGGGAGCUGGAAGCCUGGUACGAGGAUCUGCAGGAGGUGCUGUCCUCAGAUGAAAAUGGGGGUCCCUAUAUCUCAUCCGCUGGAAACGAAGAGGAGGAGUCAAAAACCUUCACUACUCUCGACCCCGCAUCCCUAGCUUGGCUGACUGAGGAGCCAGGACCAGCAGAGAUCACAAGCUCCUCCCAGAGUCCUCGCUCUCCAGAUUCCAGUCAGAGCUCUAUGGCUCAGGAGGAAGAGGAAGAUCAAGGAAGAACUAGGAAACGGAAACAGAGUGGUCAGUGCCCAGCCCGGGGUGGGAAGCAACGCAUGAAGGAGAGAGAACAGGAAAAUGAGAGGAAAGUGGCCCAGCUAGCUGAAGAGAAUGAGCGGCUCAAGCGGGAAAUCGAGCGCCUGACCAGGGAGGUAGAGGCCACUCGCCGGGCUCUGAUCGACCGCAUGGUAAAUCUGCACCAAGCAUGAACAAUUGGAUGUGGCCCGAGUCAGAAGAACAAAGGGUCUCAGCCUGUGUAUAUGUAGAUAUUGUACAUUCUUUACUACUGUCCAUACCCAGUAAAGGGACUUUCUAA